AUGGAAUCACAUGAUACAGAGAAUAAGAAUAAAAUGAAGAUUUACGUCAAAGGUAUCACUGAUAGAACAGAUAAAAGAGUAAUAGAAGACUUUUUCAAAAAGUUUGGACCAGUUCAAGACGUUGUUACUGGGUUUAGUGACUAUGCCUUUGUAGAGAUGAAGUACGAACAAGAUGCAGAGGAAGUCAUCCGAGCAAGAGAAGGUGUCAUUGAUACUCGUCAUGUCUUUUUCGAGCGUGCCAAGGAAGAGCGUCCAAGAGGCGAAAGAGGAGGCGAUCCACGUGAUGGUGGCAGAUCAUAUGACGGUGGCAGAGACAGAUACAAUGACCGUGGUGGUAAUGACAGAUACAAUGAUCGUGGUGGAGACAGAUACCCACGUGGUGGUGACCGUUACAAUGACCGUGGUGGCGAUCGUUACAAUGAUCGUGGCGGUGACCGUUACAAUGAUCGUGGUGGUAAUGACAGAUACAAUGAUCGUGGUGGUGACCGUUACAAUGAUCGUGGUGGUGAUCGUGGUGGCGAUCGUGGUGGCGAUCGUUACAAUGACCGUGGCGGUGACCGUGGUCGUGGUCGUUCACCCCCAAGAAAUGCUAUGCGUGACUCUGCUUGUUACAAUUGUCGUCGUGUUGGUCAUUUUGCUCGUGAUUGUCCCGAUAGACCAAGAAACCCAAUGUAUUCAGAUACAAGAGGUACAUUAAAUACUAGAUAUCAUCCAUAUGGAGGUGAUAACGAUCGUUUCAGACGUGGUGGCGGUGCUUCCAGUGAUGAGAGACGUGGUGAUGAUGAUAGACGUGUAAACGACGAUCGUAAUGGCGGUGAUGACAGACGUGACGAUGACAGAGAAUACCGUCGUGACGACAGAGAACGUAGUCCACCACGUAUCUCUAAUGGUAAUGGCGGUGACUCUUACAACAAUAAUGGUCCAGUCUCUCCACCACGUGGAGGAGGCGGUGAGGAUCGUUACCGUGGCGGCGAUGAUGACAGCAGAGAAUACCGUCGUGAAGAAAGAGAACGUAGUCCACCACGUGGUGGAGAUUCCCCAAAAAAUUCACCAUAA